AUGAAGGCGAAGCACGCUGCAUUGGUGGCCUUUUUGGCCGUCGGGUCCUACGCUCUGAAUCUCUCAGAGACCAUAUCUGAUAUUCCCCAGCUCUCGAAUAUGUCAGUCUACAUAUCCCAGAACUCAUCCCUUCAAUCUAUGUUUGAUACUCCGGACAACAUCACUAUCCUUGCGCCUGAUAAUGCUGCGUUUGGGAAUCUAGUUCGCGUGGAACCCAACGGAUCCGUUCCUUUGGGAAAUAUGUCUUUGAUCAGUGGAAUUUUGCAAUAUCACAUUUUCAAGGGGGCAUAUAAAGCGAACGACUUCACGAGCAAGAGCAAAUUUAUAUCUAGCUUUCUAAAUGAUACCACUUUUACCAAUGUCACCACUGGACAAGUUGUACGAGCCGUCCAAGAAAACAAUACGGUUCAUUGCAUCAGUGGCCUCAACGAUGACGCGCAAUUCGUUAACCAGAGCCGGACUUUUGACCAUGGAAUACUUCACAUCAUCAACCAAGUUUUGACGCUCCCGCAAACAGUGACAUAUACUGCACUUUUAGCCAAUUUGGGCAGCUUCGUGGGUGCAAUAAACAAAGGCAAUAACAUCGACACCGUUAAUCUACCGAAGGAUGCCACGGUCUUUAUCCCGAACAACGAGGGUUUUAGGCGAGUAGGCUCGAUCUUCUCCAACAUGUCGUCCGAUGAUAUAGCCCGUAUUAUGAGCUAUCAUGUCGUAAAAGACAAGAUAGUUUAUUCUGUGGAUAUGACAAACCAGUCAUUAUCCACGGAGGCAGGCGAAGACCUCCAUCUGUCGGUUAUCAAUGGCUCCGCGUUCGUGAAUUCCGCUAAAAUCGUCUCAACGGAUCUACUAGUGAACAAUGGGGUUGCCCACGUUAUAUCAGAUGUUUUGAAUCCCGAUAACACAACGGCGAAACCUGAACCAAAGGCUAAUGAACAGCCAGUUGCGUUCGGUGGCGCCUCGUCGGUGACCACUGAUCCCUUGACUAGCGGUAUCUCGAGUCCAACUUCGACUAUAUCUUUGGAACCGGCAACUCCUAUUGGCGCCAUUACAACAACUACAUCGCCAACGACAACAAGUUCAAGUACAACUAGUUCGAGCACGACCAGCACCACAAGCCCAACGACGUCACCCACGAGGGGCGCUGCGCCGAUAGAGACAGCUAACGUGGGUGUCGCAGCCAUACUAGGAAUUGGUGCAGCAAUUAUUAAUGUUUAA